GUAACCAGUUUCCGACGUCGUUCGAGUCGAUAGUGAAGAAGAUUCAUCGCCUGCUAUUCCACGUUCUCGCUCACCUCUACCACGCACAUUUCACGGAGGUCGUGCUGCUCACCCUGCACAUGUAUCUCAACUUCAUCUACCUGCACUUCAUGCUCUUCAACGCCGAGUUCCACCUCAUUGACGAGAAGGAGACGGAAACCCUCGACGACCUCCUCCAGCUGCUGCUGCAUCCGCCAGGGGGCACCGACGACACGCCGCCGAGCCCCACGCACGACGACGCCGCCGCCGCCGCCGCAGCGCCCCCUGACGAGGACGGGAUUGCGAGCGUGAGCAUGCAUUGA